AUGGCCAAGAGACUACUACCCAACGACGUAGAGGUCAGCAACGAGGAGCUCGCCAAGCGGCAACGUGCGGAGGCCGCGGAGCAGAGCAACAUUGACGCCGAGCUGCUGAAGGAGAAGCAGGACCCCAACUCGGGCGACGAAGACGACAACGGCCAUUCCGCUGGGCACCUGCACCACCACCAUCACCACCACCACCAUCAGGAUGAGGACGAGGACCAGGAAAACACUGCGGCGGCCGCGGCCGCGGCUGCCGCCGUUUACGGCGGUCUCAUGAACGCCCAGGAGGAUCCCAACAACGAGCUACAGCACCAACACCACCACCAUCAGCUUCCGCACCAUCACAAUCCUCACGACCCUAAGGCAGAGGACGAAGACGACGAAAGCGCAUCGUCGAUGAAAGACGAUGAUGACGAUGGCAGGAGUGGUGGCAGUGCCGCUGCCGCUGCCCGCAGAGGUCGCAAGCCCGUGCCCGUGACCGGGUCCGACGAAUGGCGCCAACAGCGUAAGGAUUCUCACAAAGAGGUCGAAAGACGUCGUCGCGAAAAUAUCAACAGCGCCAUCAACAAGCUCAGCGAUUUACUGCCGGUCAAAGAAUCCAGUAAGGCUUCAAUCUUGUUGCGGGCAGCAGAGUAUAUCCAAAAACUGCGGGACACGGAAAAUGCCAACAUUGAAAAAUGGACUUUGCAAAAACUCCUCAGCGAACAACAAGUGAGCACUUUGACCAAAUCCAACGAAAGCCUACAAUUGGAGCUUGGAAAUGCAUUCAAGCAAGUGGACAUUCUCAAGCGUCAAUUGCGCAAUUCUGGGAUUUCGAUUGACCCAGAGGUUAUGAAAUUGGAAUCUGAAGCCAACAGAAACAACUAA